AACUUCACCACGCAUGCGCAGAGCCGUAGAUUCCGUUAGCUGUCAUUGUUUUCCUCCUGUCGACAAACCGCGGAGAGCUGACCUAAAGCGUCCACAGAGGGUCCACUGACUUAGGGGGAGACACUUUGUCCACUUCUGCAGGCUUUAACGAAGCAGACAUGUCGCUGACGAGCUGUUUACGGACACUUUACUAACUUCUGCCGACGGAAACAGACGUCACGCUGACGGUAACAGUGACUGACUAAACGGCUUUGGGGAGCAGCUGUGAAAGAAGCUGGCAACAGUUUAAUUUAAAAGUUUUAUCUGACUUUGUGUGUUUAAGUUAUGAUGCCACUGUCCGUGUGAGUUAGCUUACAAUAUGGUAGCCACCGUACAGACGGGUGUAGCCUAGAACCGGAGUCACGUCGGAUCUAACAGCUGGACAGGCGGCGCCGUUGCGAUGGGCAACCCCGGGAUGGAGGAGCUGAUCCCGCUGGUAAACCGGCUGCAGGACGCCUUGAGCAACGUGGGCCACAGCUGCAGCCUCCACCUGCCGCAGAUCGCCGUGGUGGGUGGACAGAGCGCCGGGAAGAGUUCUGUGCUGGAGAACUUUGUGGGCAGAGACUUCCUUCCUCGGGGUUCAGGAAUCGUCACUCGCAGACCGUUAAUCCUCCAGCUGCUCACUGCUGACACGGAGUAUGGGGAGUUUUUGCACUGUAAGGAGAAAAAGUUCACAGACUUUGAUGAGAUCCGUGAGGAGAUCGAGGCCGAGACUCGCAGACUGACCGGAUCUAACAAAACGAUCUCGCCUGUCCCCAUCAACCUGCGCAUUCAUUCCCCUCAAGUGCUCAACCUGACUCUGGUGGACCUGCCGGGCAUCACCAAGGUCCCUGUAGGAAACCAGCCGGCCGACAUCGAGUAUCAGAUCAGAGACAUGAUCAUGCAGUUCAUUUGUAAGGAGAACUGUCUGAUUCUGGCUGUCACACCUGCAAACAUGGACCUAGCCAACUCUGACGCCCUCAAACUCGCCAAAGACGUCGACCCGCAGGGUCAGCGCACCAUCGGUGUGAUCACGAAGCUCGACCUGAUGGAUGCAGGAACAGAUGCUCGGGAGAUUCUAGAGAACAGGCUGCUUCCCCUGCGCAGAGGUUACAUUGGGGUGGUGAACCGUAGUCAGAAGGACAUCGAGGGGAAGAAGGACAUUAAAGCCGCUCUGCUCGCAGAGCAGAAGUUCUUCCUGUCACAUCCGGCCUACAGACACAUGGCUGACCGAAUGGGCACAUCGUAUCUACAGAGAGUACUAAACCAGCAACUGACAAACCACAUCAGAGACACUUUGCCCGCCGUCCGGAGUUUGCUCCAGGAUCAGCUGCUCGCUAUGAACAGAGAGGUGGAGGAGUACGGACAGUUCAGUCCUGACAACCCGGCACACAGGACCAAGACUCUGCUACAGUCGGUUCAGCGUCUGUCUGUGGACUUUGAGAAGCUGAUCGAGGGUUCAGGAGAUGAAGUGGACACUGUCAACCUGUCAGCAGGAGCUCGGAUCAACAGGAUCUUCCACGAACGCUUCCCUUAUGAGCUGGUCAAGAUGGAGUCAGAUGAGAAGAAGCUGCGGCAAGAGAUAAACUACGCCAUCAGAAACAUCCACGGAGUCAGGACAGGUCUGUUCACUCCUAACAUGGCCUUUGAAGCCAUCGUGAAGAAGCAGAUAUCGAGGUUAAAGGGGCCGUGUUUUAAUUUUGUUGAUAUGGUCGGUCAGGAACUAACCAGAACUGUGUACCAGUGUAUUAACAAGCUCAGCUCGUUUCCUAAACUGCGUGGUGAGACGGAGAGACUAGUAACCACGACGAUACGGGAGCAAGAGAGUAAAUGCAGGGAUCAGGUGCUGCUGCUCAUCGACAUCCAGCUGGCCUACGUUAACACCAAACAUGAAGACUUCAUCGGCUUCACUAACGCUCAGAGGACAAACAACCAAAACAACCAGAAGACCGCCUCAGCAGGAAACCAGGGAGUGACCCCUCUAUCCAGCCUCAUAGUCAUACGUAAAGGCUGGCUCACCAUCAGCAACAUCGGCAUCAUGAAGGGCGGAGCCAAAGAGUACUGGUUCAUCCUGACUGCAGAGACACUGUCCUGGUACAAAGAUGAAGAGGAAAAGGAGAAGAAGUACAUGCUCCCUCUGGACAACUUAAAGCUCAGAGACGUAGAGAAAAGCUUCAUGUCGAGAGAGUUCGUCUUCGCUCUCUUCAACACAGAGCUCAGGAACGUGUAUAAGGACUACAAGAGUCUCGAUCUGGCCUGCAGCUCUCAGGAGCAGCUCGACGGCUGGAAGGCGUCUCUGCUGCAGGCCGGAGUUUACCCCGAGAGAGUCACUGUGGACGAGCAGGAGAACGGAGCUCCUGAGAACCUCUCAGACCCUCAGCUGGAGCGUCAGGUGGAGACGAUCCGCAGCCUGGUCGAGUCCUACAUGAGCAUCAUCUAUAAGACCAUCAAGGACUUAAUGCCAAAGACCAUCAUGCACCUGAUGGUCAACAGUAUGAAGGAGUUCAUCAGCUCAGAGCUCCUGGCUCAGCUCUACGCUCUGGGAGAAGGAGCAGCUCUGAUGGACGAGUCCGCGGAGCAGCAACAGCACCGCCAGGAGGUGCUCCUCAAACAUGUCGCCCUGAAGGAGGCUCUGUCUGUCAUUGGACAGAUCUCAACCUCCACUUGCACCACCCCUCUGCCUCCACCUGUGGACUCCUCUUGGAUCCAGCCCUCAAGUGUUGUUCCUCAGAGGGCAUCAAGCAGAAGGGGUCGAGGUAUCGCACCAUCUGCACCUCACCUGCCCCCCCACACUGGACCCACUGCCUCUUCAAGCACUGAUGGCCUUACGAAGCUCCCUAGUCAAGCCCACCGGCCUCCACCCAGCGUGCCGAGGAGGAGUCCUCCAGCUAUCCCACAUGCAAAAUAACCGACCAUCCUGCACAGGAUUCAGGACUCCAUUACCCAUGUGCCCCGGCUGCAACUGAAUGGAAUAAUGUGUAAUCCAGCUGCAGCUCGAUGCUCCUCUGGGAGUCUGUAGGAUCCACAGAUACUGUUUUCUACAUCAGAUGUGAAUGUCUGCUGCCUCCUCACAGGGCUGAACUCUGUACAUAAAAAUACUGACUUAUAUCACUUUUAGAAAAUACACAUGCACUAUUUUUUACUGUUUUUGAAUAAACAGGUGUUCUAUUUUUCAACAUUUA